AGUAGUAAAUUGUGUUUGUUUGGUAGAUCUACUCAGCGUGAAGUACUGCAGAGCAGCAGCGAACUGGUACACUUUCAUGAAUGUUCUUAUUUUAAUUCAAGGAGUAAUCGCCGGAUCUGACCGCGGAGCUGGGCCGGCGAAGAAAUGCCACGUACUAGUACAAUGUGAUAAUUAUAUCUCCAGCCGUUUAGCGAACUGUGGGUUCCUUCGUGUGCAGCAACUCCCCCGCUAGUUCUGGGUCUGCCCACGCAGCCCAAUUAUUUCAAGACUAUUGUGCUUGACGAUGGCAUUGUAGGACUCCCAGUGAGAGAUUCCAGAUGGAGCAGGGCUUCCACCCGGACUGGCAUAGUCCAAACGUGGAGAUCUCUGAUUCGGGACGAUUGGCUACGAGUUCUGAGUGGCGUGUGUCCGACCUGCCUGCAUGGAUUCACUGGAAGGAGGGCAUUGGGUAUCCAGACGCUGGCUGGGCAGUGAGCGCGUUACCGCUGGAGAGAGGACGCACAUUAGCAGUUCGAGCCGUGUAUGUGCAUGGCUUUGAGGGAUUUCCCGCGGAGGAUUGUUUCUUUUCAAUAGGGUUCGGCUGUUUUAACCCAGAUCGGUCUCCGCAUACCUUCAAAUUCAACUCCGAGAGAGGUGAAAUUGGUCAAGUUACAUUUAAACUGACUGACUCUCUUGCAAAGAUGUCAGACCCCGGGGAUCGAUCCUUUUUUGUACAUUGGUGGCCAACAGGUGAAGUGGUGUGCAGCGAGAUGAAACGGAAUGGUGGAAUGCGUAACCAUACGCUAUCGGAUGUCCCUGAAGCGCACGAUGUCAUCUAUGCAGUCAUGCAACUUGACACCCGUGGAGCAUGCUUGGUUAGAACCAUCUCCAACAGAGUUUCUGAACCCAUGGUCAAGCCAGCCGGACUCCAACUGGAGAUUGGAAUACCGUUUCUACGCAUGAUUCUGAUCGGUGAAGCCGGUGCAGGCAAGACCAGCCUGGCGCGCUCUCUUUGCCGCAAGAAAAUCUUACGCGGAAAGGACGACAACAGCACAGUCGGAGUGGAUGAAAGCAUGUUCAUCAUCAAUGGUGAUCAGCUGGAGCAGGAUACCAGCAAAGACGGCGAGGAAGUACUCAGAAGAAAGAUCGCCUCUGUGAUCCACCGUACCGCAACUGAUCCAGAGGCUUUUCUGUGCACUGCUGCUGCUUCUUCUUCUUCUUCUUCUUCUUCUUCUUCUUCUUCUUCUUCUUCUUCUUCUUCUUCUUCUGCCUCAUCUGUUUCUGAAUCCUGUCAUUCUGCUAACUCUGCUGCAAGCAAGGCCAAAGCAGACAUUUCUUCUUCAUUAGCAAGUGAUGCCUCUGGAUUGACGAGCCCAUUCUCUGACUCGGCAGCAAGCGAGAACGAGUUACCACAAAGUGUGAUUAGUGAUAUCUCAAGCCGCGUGGCAUCCUCUUCGUUCAUUGAGAAUGGCAGCGCAAAUAUUCCUGAGGGAUCAGUUCAAAUCAUCCGCAUCUGGGACACGGCAGGCCAGGACUCCUAUCGGCUGCUUCAGCACAUCGGCUUUGGUGCUGAACGCACUGUGUAUGCAAUUGUCUUCAACGCAAGCCAGUCUGUGGAAGCAGAGACUCCUCAGAGCACUGUUCGACACGAGGGCAAACAUCGGCCUUGCACUGCAGCUGUGCCGAGACAGCCAAGCCUUACGUAUAUCCACGACUACCUGGCCACAAUACACAACAUGCCGAGUAGCAGUAACGUGCGGGUGUUCCUCGUUGGCACGCAUAUCGACCAACGUAGCUGGUUCAGUGGAGCGACCCUGGAUGCGGAACGUGAUGUCAUCAUGAAAAGUCUUAUAAGGAAACCGUACUGCCACUUGCUGAAGUCUGACGACAUCGUGUUUGUCAACAACACACGUUCUGGUAGCUUCCUCUUGCCAGAACACGCUGGAAUCCGAAGCCUGCGCACUAAGCUUGUUGAGGAGAGUGUCAACCAAGAGGCUAUCCCACUUGCACGUGGUCUGGAAACGCUCGCACUUCUCGAGCUCUCUAGAGAUCCCCGUCUCUCCAGUCCCUGGAUCUCGCUCGGUGAUCUGCUUCGUCUGGCCCGCCGCCUGGGCAUUGCACGCCGAGUGGAUGAGGUCAAACCUAUGCUGGGCUUUCACCACAACCUUGGCACCGUUCUCUUCUUUCCCCAGUCCGUAGCACUGCGGGAUAAAGUGAUCAUCAACGUACCAUCCGUGAUGAAGUUGGCUGGCUCGCUCAUUCAGCCUGGAAUGAAGCGAGAAGAUUUCGUGAAGGAUCCACCAUCACGCGAUGACAUUGAUCUCUACCAACAAGGCUACAUCACGGUUGAACUGGCCCUGCGUCUAUGGCAAGAGCACAGUCCCGAGUUCUACCGGCUGAUGUUGAAUGAGGAGCACCGCCACACCUUCUUGCAGCUAAUGGAGACACUGUGCAUCCUGUGUGACCUGGGUGAAAUCACCACGGCCAGGAAUGGAAAGAAGAAAGUCUUUCUCAUGCCAGCUGCGACCGAAAAUGAGUCUAUCCCUGAGCUGGAAGGCGGCUCCACAUCCGAGGCCAUUCUUCUGGCUUGCGACGAGAACGACCACUUUCCACAUGACAUGUUCCUCACAAUCGGCACGAAAUGCAUCACUCGCCACAACCAGCUCCUCGUCAAGAGCGGCACGAAAACCAACGCCUGGAGGAAGACUGCCCUGUCCAAGUUUUCCAUGCGACUGCCGUGGAAUGUCAGCGACGGAGAGUGGCUGCUAGUGGCCUACUGGAAGUGCGGCAUCUCUCUCAGAAUGGAGUCGGUCAACAAGCAGCGUGUCUUCGGCAGUGGUGAGGGUGAGGCAGCGCUACGUCAGGUGAAGCAAUGGUUGUCUGACAUGCAGGCAGUUACCAGUCAGAGACUUCUGAUUGAGGAGACGGUGGCAUGCGAUUGUGGCAAGAUGAGCGAUAGUGUGCUGUGCACUACGCACGGUAGAGGGAAGUGCAUCGACCGCGCUACCUGCUUUCACACAGUCGACGUGUUUGAGCCUGGAACGACUCCGAUGUGUCCCGUCUUGAACAAGGAGGCGAGGAUCCCCAAUGGAGGACUGUCCUUCUGGAAGAGAUGGACUCAGGACCCUUCAAACCUUGUCCUGCGCCGAGAACUGACUCCAUCAGGCUCAGCGUGUGUGGGCACUGGCGGUGCAGCCAUCAGUUUACUUUGCAUGUCACCGGAGGAAUACGUCUCGGCCAAGUACUGCAACCUGAACAACGUUGAUAAGCUGGUGACACUUACCGAUUUGACUGAUCUCGGAAACAAGAUGGCGGAGUACUUGACUGUUGCGGAACGAAGGAAACUGGCCAAGCAGCUGGUAAUGGCAGCCGGUGAGUUUGUCAACAACUUCGAGAGCAUCAUGACCACUUACAUCCAGGAGAACCGACACGGCCUAGCGGAUACCAACAAUGUGGCCGGUCAGCUCUUCUACAUCGUCAAGAAGAAGGCGAUCAGCUGCAAGGAGCUUCUGUGCAUCUUGGCAGCAUUCACUCAGGAGGAAGUCGUCAUGAGAGUGGCACAGAUUAUUGAGCGUGCACAGUUCAUUGACGGUUAAGCUCACGAUCCGGUCGUCUCGAGCCGGCAAGGCGUCCGACUAAACCUGAUGCUCCGCGUAGGUUUGCCUUGUGCUGUCCGUGCCGGCCAACGCCUAUCUCUGUCCAGUGCCUUGCGCAGUGGAGUGCUUGCUCAAAGUAGUGUGCAGGUUGCACUUUGGACAUGGACAAUAGUCACACGGAAUCAUGACCUGCGUCAGGUUUGUCAUUCAUUUCUUUGUUCUGCAUGUUCAGAUUUGGUUCGUAAUGGAUGCCAAGUGGAUUGAAUGAUCGUUUUAUAGGAAUUUUUUAUCUUUCCUGCCACUUAUUGAAUUAUUGGUAAAAUAUUCUCUUGAAAUUCUUUGCAUGAACUACACAUAAUUAUCAUGCAGCGUAGCACUUUUGAUUUCCUUCAUACAACUUUAGUGGGUUUUUCCACACCCGUUUUGCAUAUUUGUUUGAUUUAUCAUUUCCCCAAGUUUUCCUUUAGAUUUAGCAGUGCUUUAGAAGUAGCAAUGUAUCACAACUACAUACAUUGACAAACACACACACACACACACACACACACACACACAUACACACGCACACAUACACACACACAUACACACACACACAUAUACAUACAUACACACGCACGCACACACACACACACACACACAUGCCGAUGUGCACACAUGCGCUGACACACACAUGCCGAUGUGCACACAUGCGCUGACACACACAUGCCGAUGUGCACACAUGCGCUGACACACACACAUGCCGAUGUGCACACACGCGCUGACACACACAUGCAUACAUGACUGUACAUGCAAAUACGUCCGGCAGGACGCACAGACACCUCGUCUGUGCAUGCAUAUCAAGGACAGAUUUUGAUUUGAUCAAACCGCUGUCCAUGCACUGCUUCGCUAGUGUCGCUGCGUCUCCCACAACCUAUGUGAAUAUUCUUGAACUGGGGUCCGACCUUGUUCGACUCUUGAUAUUUUUCCUUUAUUUGGAGUGUGCCCCCCCCCCCCCCACUUCCUCACCCGGAAGUUGCAAUUCAGCUUCUGCUUCCUGCGCUCUUAGUUUGCCGUUUUUCAAGUUUUUCGCCUGCUCCGGCAUUUUGCAGUUUUUUUAAUUAUGUGCAAUCUCUAUAGCAUUCAUUGUAUUCAAGCCGGACCCCGGCACUGCACAACCACAGCAGUCGGCCGGUCUGACUCGAUUUUCAAAAGACUAAGUACACGCUCCUCUCAGUUAGGGCUGUCAUGUGACAUGCCCCAGGAAGUAAAGAUUUGAAUAGAAUCGA